GAAAGGUACACCCAAUAUUCUUUGCCCAACCAAACCAGCACCAUCUUCUUCUUCUUCUUCAUCAAUCCAAUUUACCCAAAAACACAGAGACUCAGAGAGAGAGAGAUCCAUAGUCAAACCUUGAACCUCGUAAGCCAAACACAUUAACGAUGCAGCAAGGCGAUUACUCCUCCCUUCCCUAUUAUCCUCCUUAUAGUCAAUUUCCAAACCCUAACCCUAAUCCCAAUUCCAAUCCGAACCCCAAUCCCACUUCCGAUCAUCUUCAUACUUCAUUCGCUUCCGCGCCACCUUUCAACUCAGGUUACGCCCCCACCGAUUACUCUGCUUAUCCCCAGAACUACCCUGCUUAUCCUCAAAAUCCCGAUCCUGUCCCUGUUCCUGCUCCUCCUCCUCCUCCUCCCACUGCUCCUUCUUACACCCCUCCUUCAAACCCUAAUUUGCAGCCCUUCAAUUCAGCUUCUCAGGCCCCUUCUUUCCCUUCGUUUGAGUCCCACUCGCCUUAUCAACCUCCUGCCCAGCAGCAAUCGUACUUUCCCACGUACGAUCAGCAUCAGACGGCUCCAAAUUAUGCUCCUCCUGCAGCUUCCGUGACUUCAAAUCCUAGCCCCGCUCCGAAUUCUCAAUAUUCGUCUAUGUACUCCGCUUCGUAUGGUCAAUCGGGGGCUUCGGUCCCGCCUGUCUACGAUAACCCAUAUGAGAAUUCUGUGAAAUACGAUCAGGGCAGUGGUUAUUUUGAUGAUAGAUACGGAGGUUACAAUCAGAGGCCACGGUCCGAUUUGGGAUCGGAUCUGUAUGCGAAGCGAUAUGAUUCGGCUCGGGACGAUGGAUUUGGGGAUGGAGUUUAUGCUUACCAAGGGAACAAGGUGGAGCCGUAUGGGUCUAGGGGUACUGCGCCUAAUAAGUCGUCGACUUUGUUCGACGAUUAUGGGAGAUCGAUUAGUUUCUCUUCCAGUAAGGAGUCAGCUGUUAGUUCGAGCAAAAUUGUGAGAGCGGUCCCCAAGGCCGAAGUGCAGCAAGACGUGAAAAGUGGGGUUCAGAAGUUUCGGGUUAAGCUGUUGGCUGAAAGUGGAGGACAGAGUACCAUGGACGUUCUUUGCCAGAUUGGUUUGGAUGGGAUUCGCAUGCUUGAUCCUAAUACCAGUCGGACAUUAAGAAUAUAUCCACUUGAAACCAUUACUAGAUGUGAAGUGAUGGAUUCAUCUACCUUGGCAUUCUGGUCAAAGAGCUCUGUAGACAUUGAGCCAAGACGUAUUAGACUCCAAUCAAGUAGUUAUACGACCAACACGCUUUUGGACACUGUCACUGCUGCAACUGUACAGGUGAAGGAAAUGGGUGGAAGUGUUCGGCCUUCGGAGUCUUUCAAGAUGAAUGAACAGUCUACAGAGAAAAAGAAAGGGUUUACUGAUUGGAUGAACUUAGUGAAGCCUAUCAAUGAGGAGAAGGAUCAUUGGGUCCCUGAUGAAGCAGUUACAAAGUGUACAGCAUGUGGAACGGAUUUUGGGGCUUUCGUGCGCAAGCAUCAUUGUCGAAACUGUGGAGACAUUUUUUGUGAUAAGUGUACCCAAGGUAGAACUGCUCUUACUGCUGACGAGAAUGCCCAACCUGUUCGUGUUUGUGAUCGAUGCAUGGCUGAAGUUACUCAGAGGUUGAAUAAUGCUAAGGAUGUUGCAAGUAAACCAGCAGGAUUGCAGAGCCACGAGGAUCUUGCUAAGAAGCUUCAGGAGGAGAUGGAAAAAAACCGCAAGUCAUCAUCAGGGUCAAAGUCAGAUGGAUCAGGGAGGCGGAUGAGAGAAGUUGCCUGUCCUAUUUGCACCGUCCAUUUACAGGUUCAAGUUCCCAGCUCGGGUUCGGAAACAAUCGAAUGUGGAGUUUGCCAGCAUCCAUUUCUUGUCAGUUCCCAUUGAUCUUAGACAUUUUUUAUGGCGGGAGGAAGGUGCUUAAUUUACUAUUGGAGUUUCCAGUUGAAUUUUUCUAUUAAUAAUUUGUUAUAGCAUUUUUCUUGGUUUUGGUUUUUUUAUCUGAUGGCCGCUGCUUCUACAUUAUUAGCGUGUACAUGAAAUAUUUUAUUCGAAAGCCCCAUCUACUACUAAAUCAACUUUUUUUUGUGGUUUUUUAAAUGUAAAUGGCUGUUUAUGUGGAUAUUAAUAUAUGUAAAUUUUUUUAACUAACAAUUACAAUAUGUGCGUGUGUGACUUUUUUUAAUAUCAAUUAA